AUGACUGCCUCAAAGAAGACUGUUGUUCUCAUCACCGGUGCCAAUCGAGGCAUUGGAUUUCAACUUGCCAGAAAGUUUCUCUCCAGAGAUAACACAAUUCUUAUCGCCGCCGUGCGGAAUCCCGACAACGCUUCGUCUACCAAGGCUUUGUUAGAGCUCCCUCAUGGAACCGAAAGCUCGCUCAUCAUCACCAAGAUCGACAGUCUAGACACGUCCAGCGCUACCUCUGGCCUCGCAAGCAUCUCCGAUAGGAUCGACCAUCUCGAUCUCGUCAUUGCCAAUGCUGGAAUUCUUGACGCAUAUGGCCCCGUCAUGGAGAUGUCUCUGGAUGACGUUUCUGCCCACGUUGCUGUCAACACCCUAGGUCCCAUUGCGCUUCUUCAAGCCGCCAAGUCGCUUCUUCAAAAUGCAGCCAACCCUAGAUUUGUCGUCAUCUCGAGUUCGAUAGGAGCAUACGGGGCCAGUAAGGCUGCAAUCAACUAUCUCAUGCGCAGAGUUCACUUUGAGGAGAAGUGGCUUACAUCUAUGGUCAUCUGUCCCGGCUGGACUCAGACUGAUAUGGGAAACACUGGAGCACAGAAGCUGAAUUUUGGAGAGACGGCCCCCGUGCCAUUGGAUGUCUCGGUCGACGGUGUCUUUCAAGAGAUCGAUGAGAUGAAAAGGACUGAGGGGGGAAAGUUUGCUGCAUUCGAUCACAUAGACCGCAAGUGGUAA